AUGCAUAGCCAGAGUAGACAGACUAGUGUAGCGUUGCAGGGGCCCAGCUCCUGCGAAGAGACGGCCUUCCGGGACCGCUAUGAGGUCCUGAGGACCAUCGGGCGUGGUGGGUGUGCAGAGGUGCACGUAGCCCGCCAUCUCCUCACUGGGGCAGAGGUUGCAGUGAAAGUGCUGCCAAAGGUAAAGAGGAAGCUGGCCCUUUCCGAACCGGAGGUGAUGAGGUCACUGGAUCACCCCAACGUUAUCCAGCUCUUCCAGGUGAUCGAAACCUGUGAGCACGUCUACUUGGUGAUGGAGCACGCCACAGGGGGCCAGGCGCUCAAGCACAUCCCACCCAGGGGCAUGCGGCAGGAGGAGGCGCGGAGGGUGUUCCGGCAGAUCGCGGGGGCGGUGGGCUACUGCCACAGCCAGGGCGUGGUGCACCUGGACCUGAAGUUGCCCAACGUGGUGGUGGAUGCGGCUGGCACCUGCAAGCUCAUCGACUUUGGCCUCAGCCUGAGGGUCAGGCCUGGGCAGAAGCUGCGCAGGUUCUGGGGCACCCUCGCCUACCUUGCUCCCGAAAUCCUCCUGAGGCGAAGAUAUGAGGGCCCCCCAGCGGACGUGUGGAGCCUGGGCGUCAUCCUGUUUUAUCUGUUGACCGGAAGGUGCCCCUUCAGGGCGGUCUUGCGCUCGGGGAUGGUGAGGCGGAUCCAGGAGGGAAGGUACCACAUCCCUGACCGCGUUCCGUCCCAAGCACGCAGGCUCAUCCGUAGCAUGCUGAGCAUGGACCCGGCGCGGCGCCCCACGGUAGAGCAAGUCCUCCAGCACCCGUGGCUGAGGGAGGGUGAGGAGGCUUCGCCCUGUCAGGAUGGGGAGCCACCCCCCAAACGCCCAGACCCCGCCAUAAUGGCAGCCCUGGUGGACUUGGGUCACGACCCUUAUGAGGCCUGGGUGUCUCUGACUAGGGGGAAAUUUGAUGACGCGGCGGCCCGCCUACCUGAUCCUUCGGCACCAGCUGAGCCAGGGGGCGGGUUGCGCGUUCAAGGGGAGGCCCGAGCGACCCGCACACCCUUCCGAUGGCUCCGUCCUCCCAAGGAGGAGCACCAGCGAGCUUGCCCUUCGCCCUUGCCCCUCGUGCCGAUCCCUGCACCUGCCCCUGUGCCCCAGAAGCCCAGCCCUUCCCGCAAAGAUACCUCCACAGGGCAGCCCAAGGCCUGGAAGCGGGUGGCUAGGAGGCUUGCCACCUGCUUCCGCCAGCUGUGUUGCUGCGAGCCCUGUGGCAGCAAAGAAGACUCUCCAGGGACCAGAGAGCAGAAACGUGGCAGAGGCAGAGUGCGAGUGGCUCCCAUGUGA